AUGACGUUCCUUUGCCUUCUAUGGUUUGCCACAAUUGGUUCUACAACAUCGCAAGAUGAAUUUCCAACAGUUAGAUGGGGGCAGAGUUCAAAAAAGUUGACGCUCAUCAUUUCCAUCCCGUUUGUUGAAGGGGAAAAAGUGGAAUUUACGGAAAGUAACAUACACCUUACAGCGUCCAACAAGCAAGGUCAGAACUUCGAACUCAAUUUGGAUUUACUAAGACCGAUAAUCCCAGAGAAAUGUUCCUAUACCUCAUUGGACAGCGGGCUAAAACUACAAAUUGAGAAACGGGUUAAGGAACCGUGUUGGAAGCACUUGACGAAGAACAAAAAAGUGAAUUUUUUGAUAAAAGACAAAAGGCUUAGCAAUGCAACUGACUGUGAAGAGGCCAAGGAAGCCUGGCUGUCAGAAUACGUAUUUUUUAAAAGGAAAAAUAAGUUGAACAACUCCCCAACAAGGGCGGAUGAUGUUGACCCAACAAAAAAAAAGGACAUCAACAUAAUUGACAGCUUGAAGGACGCCCACCCAAAUUUCACCCUGCAGGAAUAUUAG